GAGUAAACGAAAACACUCCGACUCAGUCACACGCAGCGAACACAGAGGCCAGCGAUAUAUAUAGUGAAAACCCCGAAAAAUAUAGCCAAAUUGAGACCAAUAUCUGAAAUUGUGCGAUAAAUAAAACGCUGCAUACCCCGCAGGGCGCAGCCAACUUAUUCCGAAGCCAAAUCGAGAAAUUCUUCGAAACGCGAGUGCCACCAAAAAUUUAUUGUUUCGAAUUCGCAGCCAGUGAUUGUAUAAUUUCCAUUGCUUUGCUAUUUUUACGGGUGUGGGCCGUCCAACGGCAGCGGCAAAGAGGAUAUAUCUAUCUACAUAUAUCUUCCAGGAUAUACGGAUUAACCCAAUCUGCGCCAGAGAUAAUUACCGAAAAUCGACAAAUUCCCGGGCAUAAAAACUUAAUUGACUUGAAUAAAUAAUUUCCAACCCGAGUUGUUGUUGUUUGUUCGCCUACGGUUUUUUUCGGUGAAAGCGAAUGCGGGCCCAAAGCGGAAUCGGAAAAAGUUACUGAAAUACAACGGCAGGAAAAAAAAACGAAUACAUAGAGAAACUGCCGCUGCCGUUGCCGCCUGUGAAAGCAAAGAGAAGGGGGUGGAGAAGGAGCGUGGGCAAAAAGAGAGCGAGAGGAAGAAAGCGCGGAGGAGGUCGCGGAGUUGGAGAAAGGGGGCUCGAGGAGUAAGAGAAAGCAGCCAUUACUGCGAAAGAGAGCCAGAGUCGGAAGAGAAAGUCCAAGAGACAACAUCGCAAUUUUGUGGAAGACAUUCACAGUGGAUGGAAAAUUUAUAAACAAAAGUUAAGCCCUUAAGAGAAUGCUGACAAAAUAAAAAAAAAACGCACGAUAAAUAUAUUUUAGAAAUGUAACUUAAAAGAAAAGACUCAUAUCAACACAUAUCAUUCUAUAGUCUAUAGAAAAUAUUAAAUAACUAAAUAUACAACAACAAAAAAAGCUGAGACAAGCAGCUAAAUAAUUCCAGCAAUUACCUAAAAACCAAAACGAUAUUUUAUUGUCUUAAAAGAAUAGAAACCAAUGCGAUAACCAUACAUAUCAUGUAAAUCGUUUAAUGCCAAAAGGUGAAAUAUGAAAAGUAUAUUAAAUUAGCACAUUUAAAAGAAAUGUAAUUCAAGAAAUUAAAAAAAUCUACGAAUGGAAACGUAAACAUAUCAUGUAAAACGCCUAAAAAGCUUGCUGAAUCCCUAAUCAAGCUUUUUUAUCUUAUCAACAAAAUAAAAAACAAAACAAAUGAACUAGCCUAAGGAGAGUUGUGCAAAUUAUCGCAUACAUAUCAAAGCUCUUGCAAAGAGCAAAUAUAAAUAUUAAAUUUACAAUUAUCUAAGAUCUAGUUACCUUAGAAAAUCCAAAAGAACAGUAAUUUUUGUUAGAAGUUUUACAUUAGUUGUCUCGAAUAUAACAAGAGAGAGAUAUAUACAUACAACAAUAUUGUCACAUAUCAUUGAGGAAGCCUCAGCAAAAGUCUAAAACUAUAACGACUAGAAAACAUAUCAAUUAAAUUAGACUGCGUGUUUAUGAAUGCUACGCGAAAAUAUUAAUUACUUUAUCAAGCGGACCAAUUGCAAAUGACGAGAAGACUUCAUUGAAUUCCAGACGACGGAUUGAAAAAUAACUAAAGUUCUUAAAAGACUUUAAUUGGGCUGCAAUCGGAAGCUCCGAGCAAUUUGUAUACAUUUUGUUAACCAAGUUCAACUGACUCGUCAAAAUAGCCAACUACCAGGACCUGUUGGGCAGCCAUCAUCAACUGCUCAUAGCCGCCACCGCCGCCGCAGCCGCUGCAGCAGCCGCCGAACCGCAACUGCAACUGCAACACCUGUUGCCAGCAGCGCCGACGACACCAGCAGUUAUUAGCAAUCCUAUCAAUUCGAUUGGCCCGAUCAAUCAGAUCAGCAGCAGCAGCCAUCCGAGCAACAACAACCAGCAGGCGGUGUUCGAAAAAGCCAUCACCAUUUCGUCGAUUGCGAUAAAACGCAGGCCGACGCUGCCGCAGACGCCAGCAAGUGCCCCACAGGUGUUGUCGCCGUCGCCCAAGCGCCAGUGUGCCGCCGCCGUCUCCGUGCUGCCGGUGACCGUUCCCGUGCCCGUUCCGGUGUCCGUACCGCUGCCCGUUUCCGUGCCCGUGCCCGUCUCGGUCAAAGGUCACCCGAUCUCGCACACACACCAGAUCGCCCACACACACCAGAUCUCGCACUCGCAUCCGAUCUCGCAUCCGCACCACCACCAGCUGAGCUUCGCCCAUCCCACGCAGUUCGCGGCCGCCGUUGCCGCCCACCACCAGCAGCAGCAGCAACAGCAGGCGCAGCAGCAGCAACAGGCCGUGCAACAGCAACAGCAGCAGGCCGUGCAGCAGCAACAAGUUGCCUACGCAGUUGCCGCCUCACCACAGUUGCAGCAACAGCAGCAGCAGCAGCAACACCGACUGGCCCAGUUCAACCAGGCGGCAGCAGCAGCUCUCCUGAAUCAGCACUUGCAGCAGCAACACCAGGCGCAGCAGCAGCAACACCAAGCCCAGCAGCAAUCUCUGGCCCACUACGGCGGCUAUCAGCUGCACAGAUACGCACCGCAACAGCAGCAGCAGCACAUCCUUCUGAGCAGCGGCAGCAGCAGCAGCAAGCACAACAGCAACAACAACAGCAACACCAGUGCAGGAGCAGCAUCUGCGGCUGUGCCCAUAGCAACAUCCGUUGCUGCUGUCCCGACCACCGGCGGCAGCUUGCCGGACAGUCCCGCCCACGAAUCGCACUCGCACGAGUCCAACUCCGCGACCGCCUCCGCGCCGACCACGCCCUCGCCGGCAGGCAGCGUCACCAGCGCCGCCCCCACAGCAACAGCAACAGCCGCAGCAGCAGGAAGCGCGGCAGCAACAGCAGCAGCAACUGGCACACCAGCAACAUCGGCCGUUAGCGACAGCAACAACAACCUGAACAGCAGCAGCAGCAGCAACAGCAACAGCAACGCCAUAAUGGAGAAUCAGAUGGCUCUGGCCCCGUUGGGACUUUCGCAGAGCAUGGACUCCGUGAAUACGGCCAGCAAUGAGGAAGAGGUUCGCACACUUUUCGUCAGUGGUUUGCCCAUGGACGCCAAGCCGCGCGAGCUCUAUUUGUUAUUCAGAGCCUAUGAGGGCUAUGAAGGAUCUCUUUUGAAAGUAACUAGCAAAAAUGGCAAAACUGCAUCGCCCGUUGGCUUUGUGACAUUCCAUACAAGAGCUGGAGCUGAGGCAGCUAAACAGGAUCUGCAGCAGGGUGUACGCUUCGAUCCCGAUAUGCCCCAAACAAUUCGCUUGGAAUUCGCCAAGAGUAACACGAAAGUGAGCAAACCCAAACCACAGCCCAAUACAGCGACAACAGCCUCACAUCCUGCAUUGAUGCACCCACUCACUGGACAUUUGGGCGGUCCCUUCUUUCCGGGCGGACCGGAGUUAUGGCAUCAUCCGCUAGCCUAUUCGGCAGCCGCCGCCGCCGAAUUGCCAGGAGCUGCUGCACUGCAGCAUGCAACGCUAGUGCAUCCGGCCCUGCAUCCGCAGGUGCCAGUGCGCUCCUAUCUCUGACUAAAUACAGACAAAGUAAUGGAGCAGCCGAUGCAUCAAACUCAAAUGACCAUGCCGCCACAUCAUCAGACAACUGCUAUUCAUCCCGGAGCUGCGAUGGCUCACAUGGCUGCGGCUGCGGCAGCUGCAGCUGCCGGCGGAGGUGGGGGAGCGGCCACCGCUGCUGCGGCACCGCAAAGUGCUGCUGCAACAGCCGCUGCAGCUGCUGCUGCAUCACAUCACCACUAUCUGUCGAGUCCGGCGUUGGCCAGCCCGGCUGGAUCUACGAACAACGCCAGUCAUCCGGGCAAUCCACAGAUCGCGGCCAAUGCGCCCUGCUCCACGCUGUUUGUGGCCAAUCUGGGGCAAUUCGUUUCGGAGCACGAGCUGAAGGAGGUGUUCUCUAGCAACAGCAGCAGCAUCAACAGCAAGCAACAAUCAAGCAACAAUCAGCAACAACAAAGGAGCGGGUAUGGAAUCACGGCAUGAUUUGCUCGCUAAAAAGCUAGAGCGCGAAAUGCAGCAACAGCAGACGCAAGUGCAUCACCAGACGCAGCAGCAACAGCAGCAGCAGCAGCACCACCACACAGCAGCGCAGCACUACCACCACAGCCACCAGACAGCGCACCACCAGCAGCAGCAACAGCAGCACCACCAGCAGCAACAACAGCAACAGCAGCAGCAACAGCAACAGCAGGCACAGCAGCAGCACCUGAGCCACCACCACCACCACCAUCAUCACCAUCAGCAGCAGUUCUUGAUGACGCCGACAGCAACCUGACCUUAUGCGACAACGACGACGACGACUACGACGCCGCCGCACCACCACCCACAUCAGCUCCACCAGCCGCACCACCAACAGCAGCAGCAGCUGCAGCCGCACCACAUCUACUCGUACGUGCUGCCGGCAGUCAGUCACAUAGCGGCCUGAGGUGGCCACAUUUGAGUUUGAGAAAAUCGAGGCAAAGAAGCUCCGCAUGCAACGGAUUCAUGCGAGAAGUAAGAACCUUUAGUUCUAGGCAUACAAAAAUAACAGAAAAAAAAAUGUUGAAAAAUCAAAAAAAAAAAACUAAAAACAAAACAAAAAUGCAAAAAGAAGUUAAUUUAUAUAUAUAUAUGACGGAGAGGAAGCAGCUGCCGCAGACCCGUGUAUAACCCCAGUUUAGUGAAAUUUUUCGACAGGCAACAAAAGAUUUGUAGUGAAAACCAAAAAACGGGAUAAACUUGUAGUAAAAUAUACAAUUUACCAUAGAUCGAAAGCUGAGCGAACUACUUAACUAAGUUAGUUGCAAAUACAGCCGAUAUGCCCCCUAUAAACGAAUACACAUAUAUACAUACAUAAACACCUAUAUAUACAUGCAUAUAUAUAUAGCAAGCUGAUCGAGAAUUUGUUUGUUAUUCAAUAUCCAUUUAAUGUUCUUUUGUAGCUUGAUAAAUUGAUUUUGUUUGAAGUUUUUGUUUGUGAAAUGUUUGCGUUCUUUUAUUGUUACUUCUUACCCUACAUUCAAAACCCCCCCCCCCCCCCCAAACAUAAACGACUUUUCACACAAGGAAUUGAGACAUGAAAUUCGUAUUAAUCUCAUAAUUUCUAAUUUUUCGAUAUAUCAAACAGCGUAAGGGAAUAAAUUAUGAACAAAAAGUGUAGGGAGAAAGAAAAGUAUAUAAUUAUAGCUUAACCGAAUGUGCCCUUUAAAUAGCUCUCUUUCUAGAAUUAUAAAAAAGUAAUAUGAAACAGAAAAAAAAAAACAACCAAAAGAAAACAAUUUAAAUGUAUGCAUUAAUGUAAUAAUUGUAUAACUAGUAAGGUAAAUUUUCAAAAUGUUACUCAACAAGAAAAUUCUACAAAACAAACCACAACGAGUAGUCGACGUCAUCGUAUAAAUUUAAAUUUAUAUUGAGGAAUACUGAAGAAAGCUGGUUUCGAAAUUUAUUUGUUACAAACGUAAGCAUAACAAAAUUUAAAUGUGAAUUUCAAAUUUACCCGAUAAGGACCUAUCGACGACAUGGGAUGAACGUUGCACGUGCGCUGUAGUGAAGCAAAGACUCGAGAAAAAAACCGAUUUUUAAGAAACAAGAAACCAGAAAUGCUGAAACUGCUGGCACAGGACACUCCAAAACUUUCCGCCCAGAACUCUAUGUUUUCUUUCGCCACUUUUGGUUGAGACUUUUCUGCGUUUCCCCUACAAAGACUUGAACUUUUACUAGAGGCCCCCAAAUCUGCAGGACUUCAUUUACAUAGUGAGAAACUUUAUUCCUAACCAACUUUCGAAAUGCUAGAACAAUCAAAUCACAUUUCUUGCUAAACCAACGAUCGAUUUAAUGGGGUGGGGGAGGGGAGGUCGCAGAACGAGAUCGUAUGCGUAGGUAUCGAAUAUCGGAUACCGUGUGAGGGUGGGGAGAGUGCUUAAGAGGUAACAGCAAACAAGGACGAGUAAAUAAAAUCAAUGGCAUAUCAUCUUACGUAGCAAAGCAUAAGUCGAGCAUGUAUGUGUGACUACAAAAAGCGACAAAUUCUAUUGUAACUAAAUGCAAGAGCAGCAGAACAGCAGAAACCAACUAUAAUUAAUUAUUAUAAAAACAAUGUAAAGCUUAAAGGCUAACAACUAUAUAUAGUUAAAUACGAAAACAAAUUGUAAGCAAGCUUUUUACAUCAUAAUUUUCGAAUGGUUUUCGAAAGAGUUCGUUCAGCCUUGUUUAAACCAAUAUAAGUAUAUAUAUAUAUACGGAUAAAAUCUUACAUUUUUACCAAAGUUGUCCUUACUAAUUAAACAAGUUAUGUUAACCAAUUCACACACAAUUUGUUAAACAAAAACAGAAGGAACCCACGAGUAAAUCAACUAAUUUUAAACGUUUUUUAAAGCUUAGUUUAGUGUAAACGUGACUAGACAUACCAAAGGCAUAUUUGAAACAAAAACCACAGUUGUUAGAAGGAAAUAUGAAACAAAAAGAGAAACAUUUACUAAUUGGUACUGUUUUAGCCCUUUUUCCAUACAAAUUUUCUUUAAAUAUUUAAUUACAUUAUUUCCCCGUCUAACUUUAGUCGAAUGUAAAAUGCAUAUUCCGUCCAAUUACAUUUCGUGCUUUCCUCUUGCCCAAAAAAAAAAAAAAACAUCAUCUCUUCGCCAGCAUCGCGUUGGUUUAAGAGGCAUCAUCAUUCGGAGUUAAGAACAGAGGUCUACAUAUAAGUCUGUAAUCCUAACAUACACACACACACACACACGCACGCACACGCUCACCACAAAGACAAGUAAAUUAGUUAAAGUUUUAGCGUGUAAGCAAGGAAAAAUGUUUAAUUAUACAUAAUAUACUAAUGCAUAUCAUUAAAUUGCGCCUUUCAAAACAAUUAAGAAAAACAAAAUGCCCGACGAUGGAAAACAAAAAUAUUUACAACUAUAAAUAAGCAUAAAUAACGAAACAAAAAUCGAUAGAUGCUAAAGUACGAAACAAAUAUUUUCGAAAUUAAUUUUUAGCGCCUAAGUGUGGUCGACGAGCCCAAAAGUAUGCAACAAAAGCAAUGGAAGUACGCAUAAGUGUGUGAGUGUGCAAAAGUGUGUGUGCGUGUGUGUGCGUGUGUGCAUCUGGGAAAAUCUUGUGCAAUUUUCAUUGAAGAUAGUAAGCGAUAAGAAGAGGGAAAACCAGCGCGUUGGCAAGGUUGUUCAGUCCCCACCCCCAAAUAGAAAAAAAAACCAUUUUGAGGCUUGAUUUCCAAACAUUCUUUAAGCUAAAUUUCAUAGCUCUAUAUACAUCCAGAUUUUACAUAUCUGCAGCAUGCAAAUAUUAAACUAAAAAUUGGGAAUAUCUCGAAAACACAACAGAAGAUGAAAACCUAGCUCGUUAGGGAUAAACUAGAGAAUGCUAAAAUGAAUGACAGAAAAACUAAACUAAACAAUAUGAAUUAUGGGAACAUUAUAUGAAUAUAUACAUACGCAUAUAUUAAAACAUUUUUGAAACAAAACGAAAACCUAAUAAUAAUUACAAAUGAUGGAAAAAAUAACAAAUACAUAUCAGCAAAACGGAUAAAGAAGAAAACUUUUACAAGCAACAUUAUUAAGGAACAUAAAACCGAUAUGUUUUGAUGUGGUUUUUAAAUUUUUAAACAUUGUAAGCGCAAAAAGGCAGAAAGCAGUUACCAAAAAAAAAAAAUUAAGGGGGAAGCAAGCAUAACUGAUUGAAAGCUUAGUAAUAGAUUACGGAACUACUUACAUAAUGCCUAGCUAUAUGCUUACCUAGUAAUGUCAUAUCUAAAUACAUAUGUGGCAGCAGUAAUAGCAAGACAGUAAAAGUAACAGUAAAAAUAACGAUAAAAAUCAGUAACAGUAUAUAUCCUACUCUAUUGUAUUUAUUGUACGGCUAUAAUUUGUGUAUCGAAAAUCUUUGAUUGAUUGAUUUCUAUUUAGUUUAAGUUGCCUCCGAAAUUGCCUUAUGUUUGCCUAAAAAAAAAAAUAAAACUAAAAAUUUAAAUUACCAACAAUUUAAUACUAAUUUCUAAGUAAUUUAUAUGUAUAUGUAUGGUAUACCUCUAUGAUAAACCCUUAUAUAAAUAUACUUAUAUCAUUUGUGUAGCCUUAACUUAGAACUUUUCAAUUGACGGUAUUAAUUACGCAUAAUAAAACUUUAUAUUUUGUUCGUUAAACAAACCCAUUAUUGUUUCACUCAGUUCCAAAUCUCACACAACCAAGCGAUAAACCUUUGAAGAAACGAAUUUUGAAUUAGUGACAAUUUUUGCAAGAAAAUUAAAACCAACUAUACAAUUACAUAUAUUAAUACCACAUAUAUGCAUCGCUCUCCCCAUUUCAAGUUUUGAGUCAUUUGCGGGAGAGUCAACUAGAAUGGCAUUGUACUCAACCUGGUAGGUCUGAGAAAAUCGCUGUAUAUUUGUAAUACUUAAAUACUAUGCAUAUCUAUAUCUUAUACAGACAGACAUAUGUAUAGUAUCUUUAGAGGGUUAAGUAGGAAAGGUAACUGAUAUUGAAUAUUGAAAAUAUCAAGGCAGAGAAAGGUAUCGAAAUACCGGCAGAUAAAUGAAGAUAACACAAGUCAAAACAUAUCAAACUCGUGCCCGAUUAAAACUAUAUAUACACAUAUAUAUACACUAUAUAUAUAUAUAUAUAUAUAUAUAUAUAUUAAUGAAAAGCAGGCGCAAAUUAGGCGCAGCAAAUUUCAAAAAUAACAAAGAAGGAGAAUGAUAAAAUUAUUAAAUAUGCCGAAAGUCUAACGGGAAAUGCAAUUUUAUUUGCAUAACUCAACAGUUGAGUCUACUUUUAUCCGUAAAUAAUACGAAAAUAAUGAUUAAUAUUAAUUGAGAUAUUAAAAGUAAAAAAAAAAAAAUACAAGAAAUGGCAAGUAUUUGUCUAUUUUGAGGCUCAUUUAUUUAACAUUUUCGCGAAACCAAGUACGACCUUCUUUUUUCAAAUCGAAUAAAGAUCUUUGCUAAUAUUGUAAAAAACAAAUUGAUUUUUCAAGCAAAUGAAAACCAAAACGUAUAGCUAAAUAUUAUUAUAAAACUUACAUAAAACAGAAACAAAACUCGUAUAUAUAUAUAUAUAAAUAUAAAUAUCAGCCUUGUUCUUUAUAUAUAUAUUUGAAAAACCAAAAAAAUGAAAAACCAUACAAAAUAUUAAUAAAUUAUUAACAACUAUGAAAAAAUUGAUACAAAAAAAAAAAAUACAUAAAAAAUAUUUAGCGAAAAUAUUGUAUUGUGAGUUUAAAUGUAUUGUUGCAUACGAAACCAAAGAAAUGACAUAACAAAUCGGUACACCUAAGUUAAAUAUAAAUCUAAAUGGCAAUACCAACCGAUUGGCAAAACAAAAAGAAAAAAAAACAUAAUAUCAUCUGAUAAUAUCAUAUCAGAUCGGAUCAAAGCAGAUCAGAGGAAAUUCGAAACAGAAUGAAAGGUGAACCAUUUUUUCACAGACAGCCACCAGCGAUAAGAACUAACGAAGUUGAAUUCAAUUAAUUUACCAGACAGUUUAUUUCCAAUAUAAUUCAAUAUUAGCAGAUGGGCUCGCCCGCCCGCAAGACAAAUUAUACAAUUUGAUAACGAUAAUAUUUUCAUGCGAUCACGAUCGAGGAGGAAAGCACAAACGAUAUGCCCUGCAAUGCAAACGGGGAAAAGAGCAACAAAUUGCAGUUUUCAGCAGGCGACAAAUUAUAAUAAUACAAUACGAAUAAUAAAUAAAAACUUUAACAAUUGUUUUGUGUAAUUGU